GCCGGGCGCCCGGAGACCCCAGCAGGGCGUGCGGCUGCUGCGGGGACUGGGACCGACCCCAGCCACUCGCCCCGGGCUGGGGACCCCUGCUCCAUCUCCGCGCCCCUGUGCCGGGGGCCCUGGGAGUGCAGAGCAGUUUGGCGCACCCAGCGGAGGCUCUGCCCGCGGCUCGUCGGCUCCUGGGUGGGUCUUCUGAGGAUGUCGCCUUGAAGUCCUGCAGCAGGGAGCUGGUCUUGCUGGGGCCUUGUAUCUACUCCCACCGGAGCCCCUCACGCUCCACCCCGUCGCCUCCAGCUCAGCCGGGGCCUGAGCGCUGGUUUGGAGCUAGCUGCUGGCCAGGGAUCCCCCGCAGCCUCCUUCCUGGUGCGCAGACAGGGCCGAGGCUUCGCUCGGCUCCAGCCAGCAGACGCCCUAUGGCCAUGGCAACGCCGGUGUCUCCCAUGCCAGCACCGUGGGGUGCCCUGAAUGACAGCGCCGGGAGCCGCGGCAAUGGGACGGGGGCAGGCGCAGGCAGCGCCUGGUGCCAGGGCGUGUUCAUCCCCAACGAGCUGUUCCUGACGCUCGGCGUGGUGAGCCUGGUGGAGAACGUGCUGGUGGUGAUGGCCAUCGCCAAGAACCGCAACCUGCACUCGCCCAUGUACUGCUUUGUGUGCUGCCUGGCCGUGUCCGACAUGCUGGUGAGCGUCAGCAACCUGGCCGAGACCCUCUUCAUGCUGCUGAUGGAGCACGGGCUGCUGGUGGUGCAGGCCGGCGUGGUGCGGCACAUGGACAAUGUCAUCGACAUGAUGAUCUGCAGCUCCGUGGUCUCCUCCCUCGCCUUCCUGGGCGCCAUCGCCGUGGACCGCUACAUCACCAUCUUCUACGCCCUGCGCUACCACAGCAUCGUCACCAUGCCGCGGGCUGUGGGUGCCGCCGCCGGCAUCUGGGCGGCCAGCACCGUCUCCAGCACCGUCUUCAUCGCCUACUACAAGAACAAUGCCGUCAUCCUCUGCCUCAUCGGCUUCUUCCUGGCCAUGCUGGUGCUGCUGGUGGCUCUCUACAUCCACAUGUUCGCCCUGGCGCGCCGCCAUGCCCGCCACAUCUCCCGCCAGCACAAGCGCCGUGCCGUCUACCAGGCCGCCAGCCUCAAGGGCGCCGUGACCCUCACCAUCCUGCUGGGCGUCUUUUUCCUCUGCUGGGGGCCUUUCUUCCUGCACCUGACGCUCAUCGUCACCUGCCCCCGCAGCCCCUUCUGCACCUGCUUCUUCAACUACUUCAACUUCUUCCUCAUCCUCAUCAUCUGCAACUCCGUCAUCGACCCCCUCAUCUAUGCCUUCCGCAGCCAGGAGCUCCGGCGGACCCUCAAGGAGGUGGUGCUGUGCUCCUGCCCCCCGGCACGAGCCCGCCGCCCGCACCCGCCCGCCGCCCGCACCCCGCACCGCCGACCGCAGCGCAGCAUGAGGGAGAUCGUGCACAUCCAGGCGGGCCAGUGCGGCAACCAGAUCGGAGCCAAGUUCUGGGAAGUGAUCAGCGAUGAGCAUGGCAUAGACCCCAGCGGCAACUAUGUGGGCGACUCAGACCUGCAGCUGGAGAGGAUCAGCGUCUACUACAAUGAGGCCUCUUCUCACAAAUACGUGCCACGCGCCAUCCUGGUGGACCUGGAGCCUGGCACCAUGGACAGCGUCCGCUCGGGGGCCUUCGGACACCUCUUCAGACCCGACAACUUCAUCUUCGGUCAGAGCGGUGCUGGGAACAACUGGGCCAAGGGGCACUACACAGAAGGGGCCGAGCUGGUGGACUCGGUCCUGGACGUGGUGCGGAAGGAGUGCGAGAACUGUGACUGCCUGCAGGGCUUCCAGCUGACCCACUCGCUGGGCGGCGGCACGGGCUCAGGCAUGGGCACCCUGCUCAUCAGCAAGGUGCGGGAGGAGUACCCCGACCGCAUCAUGAACACCUUCAGCGUGGUGCCCUCGCCCAAGGUGUCAGACACGGUGGUGGAGCCCUACAACGCCACGCUCUCCAUCCACCAGCUGGUGGAGAACACGGACGAGACCUACUGCAUCGACAACGAGGCCCUGUACGACAUCUGCUUCCGCACGCUCAAGCUGGCCACCCCCACCUACGGCGACCUCAACCACCUGGUCUCGGCCACCAUGAGUGGGGUCACCACCUCCCUGCGCUUCCCCGGGCAGCUCAACGCCGACCUGCGCAAGCUGGCCGUCAACAUGGUGCCCUUCCCCCGGCUCCACUUCUUCAUGCCCGGCUUCGCCCCGCUCACGGCCCGUGGGAGCCAGCAGUACCGUGCCCUCACGGUGCCCGAGCUCACCCAGCAGAUGUUCGAUGCCAAGAACAUGAUGGCGGCCUGCGACCCGCGGCACGGGCGCUACCUCACCGUGGCCACCGUCUUCCGCGGCCGCAUGUCCAUGAAGGAGGUGGACGAGCAGAUGCUGGCCAUCCAGAGCAAGAACAGCAGCUACUUUGUGGAGUGGAUCCCCAACAAUGUCAAGGUGGCCGUGUGCGACAUCCCACCCCGGGGGCUCAAGAUGUCCUCCACCUUCAUCGGCAACAGCACGGCCAUCCAGGAGCUCUUCAAGCGCAUCUCAGAGCAGUUCACGGCCAUGUUCCGCCGCAAGGCCUUCCUGCACUGGUACACGGGCGAGGGCAUGGACGAGAUGGAGUUCACGGAGGCCGAGAGCAACAUGAACGACCUGGUCUCUGAGUACCAGCAGUACCAGGACGCCACGGCCGAGGAGGAGGGCGAGAUGUACGAGGACGACGAGGAGGAGUCCGAAGCCCAGGGCGCCAAGUGAAGCCACCCGCGUCCACCGCCGCCCCCGUUAGCCGAGUCCCAGACAGCCGCCGUCUAGACGCUACGAUUAAGGGUUCCAAAAGCAAAGUCGCCCCUAUCUACUACCCCCUCGUCCCUGUAUGAAUUAGCGCAGCCCCCCCGCCCCGUCCCCACCCCCGUCCUCCUGACUUUGAUAAUGUCCAGGCCCCCCCUGUUUUCUUUUCUACUGGUUUGUGUCGAUUUUUAUUUUUUUGGAAUACUUAAUAAAUCUAUUGCUGUCCGGUA